GAGCACUGUAUCCUCUCCUCUGCUGCUUUCUGGUCUGCAGAUCAAUCUUGCAGCAAUGGGAAAGCACGUCUUGCAGCUCCUGCUGGUCCUGUCUUUGCUGGUGAUGUCCCUGCAAGCUUUGACAUGUAUCACAUGUGAUAGGAUGAAUUCUCGGAGAAUUUGUGAGGGGAAAGAAGGUUGCUGUCAGGCUAGACCUGGAGAGAAGUGUGCCUCGUUCAUAACCCUUAAAGAUGGCAAAAUUCAGUUUGGAAGCCAGAGAUGUGCUGACCUUUGCUUCACUGGGACUGUUAUGAUUGGAGAUAAGACAGUAAAAAUGAACUGUUGCAACAACAAAUCUUUCUGCAAUAAACUAUAAAUCUUAUACUUAAUUGUACUCCUGGAUUUUAGAUUCUACAGUUUAACAAGUGUAUCUUCUCACAACCACCAAAAUUAAGAUUCAGAGAUUUUUCAAUACCUCCAGAAGUCCCAUGUCCCUUCACUGUCAUGAAAGCCUGCCUUCGCUGUCAUCCUCUCCCAAACUUUGACAUUACACUGUUUCCCUGAUAAAGAGUUCAAUUCUUU